AUGAGACUCAUCAACCUUUCGGCUGCCCUUGUGGGUGCCCUAUCCGCGCCAUCAAUCGUCGCUGCCAAGUCCCACGGCCAUCGCCAUGGUCAACAUUCUGCCCUUGAAUCUCGUCCUCUCCAAAAGCGAGGAGGACAAUGCCAGUUUCCUACCGAUGACCCCAACAUGGUCGCCGUCACUCCUGAUGCGAAGAAUGCCGGUUGGGCCCUUAGCCCUGAUCAGGAGUGCAAGCCUGGAAGCUACUGUCCCUUUGCCUGCAAGCCCGGUAUGGUUAUGAACCAAUGGGAUCCGGAUUCCACCUACGAGUAUCCCUCUUCUAUGGACGGAGGUCUCUUCUGUAACAAGGAUGGUGAAAUUGAGCAGCCUUUUGAGGGCAAGCCUAACUGUGUCUCUGGCACUGGCUCCGUCGAGGCUGUCAACAAGUGUGGUUCUACAAUGUCUUGGUGCCAGACUGUCCUGCCUGGUAACGAGGCCAUGCUUAUCCCUACUGUUGUUUCGUCUAGUGCAACUCUGGCUGUUCCCGGAUCUUCCUACUGGUGCUCCACCGCCGCUCACUUCUACAUCAACCCCCCUGGUACUGGCGAGGAGGGCUGCAUCUGGGGUACUGAAGACAAGCCUGUUGGUAACUGGAGCCCUUACGUUGCUGGUGCCAACACAGAGUCAAACGGCCAGACUUUUGUCAAGAUUGGCUGGAACCCUAUCUGGGAGGACUCUGCCUUGAAGAGCACACUCCCUGACUUUGGUGUUGAGAUCCAGUGCCCUGACGGUGGCUGCACCGGUCUCCCUUGCAAGAUCGAUCCUACCAAGGGCAAGGGAAACGUUGGCAGUGAGCUUUCUGCCAAGGGCGCUGGUGGCUCAGCCUUCUGCGUCGUCACCGUCCAGAAGGGUUCAACUGCCCAAAUCGUUGCUUUCUCUACCAGUGGUGGCGGUUCAGGAUCUGGCGAUGAUGACGAGGAUUCCGAAGAUUCUGAGUCUUCCACUGCCGAGGCCGAGGCCUCUACCACCGCUGAGGUCGAGCCAACCACUUCUGAGGAAGUAGAGGUUAGCACCACCGAGGAGCCUUCAACUACCGCAGAGCCUACCACUUCUGCCGCUCCUACUACCUCUGCUCAGCCCACAACCACCAGCGCAGCGGAGACAACCUCUACACCCGCGGAGACCACCACUGAGCAGCUGUCGACUUCUGCUGCCGAGACUUCUUCUUCUUCUUCUGAGGAGCCUACUUCAACCAGCUUCACGUCCGCUACUUCUUCCAAUACCAAGACCAAGGUACAGAAGGCCACCUCGACCACAUACACCAGAAAGAUCUACCCUACCGUCAAGCCCGGUAUCUUCCGUGAGAACGGUACCACCACUUCUACCGCCUCCGAGACCGAGGAGACUGCUGCCGCUACUGAGGCAGACUCUGGAGUUGCUCCCACUGAGACCAAGGAUAGUGGAGCUGGUCGUGACCAGGGCAAUGCUGCCCUCGCCGGCCUCGUCGUUGCUUUCAUCGCUGCCGCUUGUUUCUUCUAA